AAUCUGGCUGCGAAUAAUAGGCCUAAAUGAGUAGAGUGCAACGGUUUCACCUUUUUUCGCUUUUUAUUCCACAACACCACGUAACCACUGAAGUCAGUUUGUUGAAAGAGCUAAUAAAGAAUUUAUUUUAUCACCUAGAACCCAAUGGAUGGAUCUAUUAUUUGCAUACUGGUGGAACACCAUCGUGCAGCUGAUCCGUAGACACCAGCCUCUCUGCCGAUAGGCAGCUGCGCCCUUCUAUGAUGACUGAUCAGCUGCUUAAGGAGGAGAACAAGAAGCUUCAGAAUGCAUUACAGGAUGCCCUGCAGCUUAAACUUGAAGCUGCACAGUAUGGACUAAGAAUCCUCGAAGAAAAGCAGCAACUUCAAGCUCAGUACGAUGAGCUGUUAAGGAAGUUCGAUGAUGCUGGUCAGGAAUUGAUCCUAUCAAAGCAGAAAUUGGAAGAGCAAAGCUUGUUGCACAGGCGACUUAGCAAAGCCGGCCUUGAGGAAGAGCAGGAUUUUUUGUCUGAAUAUACGGACCGUGAACAGCGCCUUAUCAAUCAGGUCAUGGACCUCGAAGUCGAAUUAAAGGAGGUCAGAGCGAAGUUUGAUAGGCAAAUGGCUGAUAAUGAUGGUUUGCAUCAAAGAAUGUCCGAGCAGCAGGGCAGAUUUGAAGAUUUGAACCACUCCUACUCUCAGCUGAAGGCUGAGCUGAAAGAGGCGAAGCGAAAGGAAGUCCAGCUUACCAGUGAUUUAGAGGAUUUAGAGGCCGAAAAUCUGGACCUACAAAAGACUAUUCUGUCCUUAAAAACCAGCCAGGUCGAAUUCGAGAGUUUGCGACAUGAAUACAAACGUAUGCAGGAGGAAAACGAUAUAAUACACAAUCAGUUGGAAGAAAUAACACGAUUGAAACGCAUGACGGAAAGAUCACUUGAAGAGGCUUUAGAGUCUCUCCAGAUCGAACGAGAUCAGCGACACAACCUUAAGAGAGAACUCGAUAGCCGCUUUAACUCCGAGUCAUUGCUUCAUACCGGAAAUCUUCGGAACGAUCUUAAGGGCUCGAUAAACCUAGCUCAUACAGCGCUUGAGGAUAUUGCAAACUUACAGUACCCUAUGGAGACAUUUGGGUCUCCGAUACUCAGUCAGGUGGGCACUUGCUCUACACCCAAUGCCAAAGAAGAGACUUGUCCGCCUGAUGUACAUCCCAAUGCAAAACGAAUUUCUACGGAUCAUUCAUCUCCGAACGAUCUACUCUCUGAACUGAAGUCUUCUGAAUUUACGAAAUUUCAGGCCGAGUUUGCCCAGCUUGAGGCCGAACGGAAUGAAUUAGAGCGUAAGUUAGAGGAAACCGAAAGGUCUCUGGAAAUUGCUACUAGUGAAGUCUCAAAUAAACAAGAGCGCAUCAAUGGUUUGUUGGCUCAAUUGGACGCCAUUAUGUCCGUAAAGUCGUUGGCGGACUCUGAAUUCGAAACCAAAGGAUCGGAACGGGAUCUUACUCUUGACCCUCCCGACUCUCUUCCUAACGGUACUGCGGGAGACUCCCUAGUAACAGCUCUAACAUAUUUGGACGAAAACGAUAUGCCAUCGAUCGCCUCUCAUCCGGCCUUUAAGAAUCUACGUAAAGCACUCAGGAUAUAUGAGAAUCGAUACUCGGUGGCCCUUCGUCAAAUUAGCAGCUUGAAUCAUGAUCUCCGACGAUAUCAGGAACGUGAAAAGCUUAACGAUCGCCCUGAGCUUGCCACAGAAAAAGGUUUGAAGGACGAAUUACUUUGUCUGCAGACUAUACUUGAUGAACGGACAGAGGAAAUUAAGAGAUUACAGAACACGGUGCUCACCAACCAAGAAGCAAGUUGUGACACCAAUAAGAAACUGGAUUUGUUUUGCAGGGAAAUUCAUCGGGGUCUUGUGUGUCUUUUCGAUAUUUACUCUUUCGUUUGCUCAACCAUUCAGGAAACGCCGAAUAAGCAGAUGCAAGAGCUGGCGGAUCGUUGUGGUGUAUCGCUUUCUGUCCACAACAGCUCCCCUGAACAUUCAGUUGCCUCCGAAGUGACAGCGACUACGGAGGAUGGCCACCAAUUCAUUUCCCUGGACUCAUCUGACGUAAAUCGGACGGAGACUGUCUCGGCCAAGCUCGAUGAACAUUUGACUGCCAUCAGUCAGCUCCGGUUGGUGGUUGGCACAUUCGUUGGCAAAUACGUUCAAACGAUCAAACAGUCUGCAGGCCAAAGCAGUGCCGAUCUAGACGAAGCACAACAGCAAGUUCUGCGUUUGAAAUCGGCGCUCGAAACCAAACGCGAACAGGUGGUGACGUUGCGCAACAUGCUCCGCGCAAACAAGACGACAGCAGAAACUGCUUUGGCCAAUUUGAAACAAAAAUACGAAAAUGAAAAAAUUACCGUGAGUGACACCAUGCAAAGACUGAGGAAUGAGUUGAAGACAUUAAAGGAAGAUGCUGCGACAUAUGCGUCCCUUCGGGCUAUGUUCGCUCAACGGUACGAUGAGUACAUCACUCAGAUGGACGAACUUCAACGCAAGCUGAAUCACGCUGAGGAAGAAAAACGAACUCUCAAUUCGCUUUUGCGCCUUGCGAUACAGCAGAAAUUAAGCCUCACUCAGCGACUAGAAGAGGCUGAGGUAGAGUUGGAACAGCGACGGGGCGUUCCACGACACCCACAAUCACAUCUUCAGCACACCUACGCCGUAUCCCAAGUCUUUCAUCCAACCUCUUUCCAUUCCAGUAUAGGAAAUAGCCUCCUACCCCACCCGAUACCUACACAAGCCUCCUACCCCGGUGGAACGCACAAUCAACGGAGGACACAGCAACCACUUUGCGUUCAUCCACCUUCAGAGACCCUGCCUACUCUGGUUCCGGAUUCUUUCCCCCAGACUACUGAUCCGUCCGCGCAUCCCACAUUCCCCGUCCCACAGCGCAGUACUCCCAACCAUCAACCAGUUUCCGGGACUAAAGCGCUUACUUCUGGAGGAGAUAGGCCCAAGUAAGAUUGCCCCACAGUUAGCCAGUCCGAUCGAGUCAAGAACAACAAAGAUGUCGGCGGCAUUAUUGACAGAUCAGAAAAGGUUACCUAUCUCAUUCAGUACGCGAGCAAGCUAAAUGUACAAAUGGCUAUGGGCAAUCCCUCUUCCCUAUUCAAAACUCGAGAACUGGGCGAAGUCGGGUAAACUGUCUGCUCCAUAUUUGUCUCUACUCUGUUGGUUACACGCAAGUAUGCCAAGUAACAGAAAGGAUUUGUCCUUGACAAGAAAGUUGGGCAUUUUGGAGAAAUGAAGACAUUUCCACCAGGAAUGUUGCAGGUCAAGAUAUCACGUGAUUUACACAUUUCUCGUCCUACCCUAGCCAGGUUGAUUGCCAGUGAAAAAAGUCUGGUAGAAUUUGUCGCAUGGCACUGGAAGCUCUCAGAAAAGGAUGAAGAAGAAACUGAGGUGAAAGGCUGGAUGAUCUCGGUUCAUGAGCACAGCCAAACAAUUACAGGCCCGCUUCUGAAGAAAAAGGCCGAAGAAUUCGUGGAAGGAUUUGAAAAAGUCUGUGCUGUCACAGAAGGACGGUUGCGAAGAUGGAAGAAUAGAACUCAACUUGUGUAUAAACGUUCCGUUGGCUGAAAGAUCGACUGCCUGAAUUUUUAAAUACUUUUUUAUGAUGACAACGUGUACAAUGCAGACGAAACAGGUCUUUUCUACCGAGCAACUCCAGAAUGCUCUUUGUGUUUUGUUAUCUACAAGCCCAGCAGAUCGAAAAAGUCAUGGAUUGGAUCACUUUUCUGUGCUGCGCAAAUAUGUCUGGCACGGAUAAAGGAAAUAUAGUAUUGAUUUAAAAACUAAGAAACCACGAUGUUUUAAUGGCGUGAAUCUACUCACGCUUCGCGUAACUUACAGAGCUAAUCAAAAUGCGUGGAUGUCGAAAGAACUUUUCACCGAGUGCGUCCUCGAAUGGGACAAGGAGCUAGGCCAAUGUGGCCGAAAAGUUAUGUUGCUCUUGGAUAGUUGCACAGCGCAUCCACAGGUAGUAGGACUGAGAGACAUUCAAAUGGAAUUUUUGCAGGCAAACACGUUCGGCAUUCUUCAACCCAUGGAUCAAAGUUUGAUUAUGAGUCUGAGAACCCGUUACAGAAAGGAAAUGGUGGACAGAAUUCCUUAGCACAUCGAAAACAACGUCUUUUCUGGCUCAUCAUCGGCGCUAGAUGUUAACGCCAAGAUUUCUCUGCGCAAUGCAAUUAUGUUCGUUUCGAAAAGUUGGAGACGGGUUACCGGUGCAACAAUAAAAGCGUGCUUUCGGCAUGCUGGCUUCAGUCGACUAGAAUCCGAUGCACUUCCUAAUGACGCCGUCAUUGCUGAAGACGAGAUCAACGCUUGCACAAUCCCAGUCAUGAAUGAGGAGGAGGAGUUCGUCGCCAUUGACAUUGAAUGUACCUCAGAUCGGACAACUGCUGACGAUGAAAUAGUCAGCAACAUUUUAGAGAACCGACUAGAAAAGAAAGAAGACAGCGACGCAGAGGAUGACGCGCCGGAUGCCUCCGUGAGUACCAGCAGUCAGCGUUUGUCGCAUUCAAGAGCAAAUAACUGUGUGAAUGGUCUGUGUAGCUACGGACUUUUUCAUGGGCAAGGCAACGAUUUCUUAUCCCAAUUAGACUUUAUCAGAACAAAAGUGACUGGGGUAUCUGCACGAAAUAAUGUACAACUGACGUUGGAUUGUCUCUCAGCAAAAAAUACCACAGCGCCAGUUUCUACAGCUACCCAACGUGGUCCUCGCGCGAAGCGGGAUAGCUAGAAUCACGAACUCUUCCAGUAAACCCAGCUGAGGAAUCUCUUCUGCCAUUGCUCAUCUACUUGGCACACCAUCCUGCUUUCAUUCGACAUGUGCCAGCGCUCGUCACACGCAACAACAGCUUCUCCUCAUUUCAACUCCUUUUAUGUUAGAUCACUUUCCUUACAGUCGGAUGAUAUUCCACGUGCGCAACUUUCUUCAUCUCACUUUACAUAUUGGUUAUAUCAUGGUCUCUAUCCACCCCCACCCCCCCAACACACCCUGUUCACGUCGAUUGAGACGUUGGAAAUGUUGCGCUUCGUUCUUUUCCAAACUAUUCUUUUAUACUCCUUCCGUAUUCAUUUCUUUCGCUGAACACCCUUUCGAGGCGUGUCUAGGAUUCCAUGUUUCAUCUCACUUCCAUUGCUUCAGGCCAAUGUGGCUGUUUCUCCCUACCUAACGUAAUAAUGGUUGCUUUCAGUAUGCCUGAUCGCCAUCGUGGUCAUUUUACCGGCGUUUGCGAACAGUUUGCUCAGUUCGCACAUCUGUAUAAACUGCAUUUACCACGUCUUGCCUGUUCUGGGCUUGGUAACAUAAUCACCUCUCCCUGUAUCUUUAUCUUAUUUGUUUUUAAACUGUUUGGCCGGUGGCCUUUGAGCACGCCCUCACUUCGCCAAUUUUGGUCGCUAAAACAGACCCAAAUACACCCCACUACUUUCUCG